GUGCACUCUCUCCUACGACUCCCACUUCCUCUACCAGCCUAGGGCCUAGGCUACCACCCCAGUGCGAAGGAAGUCAGAGCUCUCCGCCUCCGCCGGCGGGGCUCGAUACUGAUGGGUGUCUUCGGGACCUCGCGUCCUGCCUCCGUCACCCUCUGCGCCUUCCUCACAUUCCUCAACCUCUUCGCCUUCCUUCUCGCCGUCGGCGCCGAGCGCCGCCGCAGCACCGGGAAGGUGGUGCCGGACGAGUACGACGAGCGGUCCUACUGCCUCUACGACACCGACGCCUCCACAGUCUACGGCGUUUCCGCUUUCUUCGUGCUGCUGCUCCAGCAGGCCAUUGUCACCGCCGCCACGCGUUGCCUUUGCUUCGGCCCCGUGCUCUCCUCCCGCGGCUGCGCCGUCACCGCAUUCGUCCUCUCCUGGGCAACGUUUCUCAUCGCAGAAGCCUGCCUCAUAGGAGGAUCGGUGAGGAACGCAAAGCACACCAAGUAUCUAGGCUACUACACGAAGCACGACCUGGUGUCGUGCGCCACCCUCCGCAAGGGAGUCUUUGCGGCCGCCGCUGCGAUGAUGCUCGUCAACCUCUUGGCGUCCCUUGUGUGCUGCUGGAGCUACUCGAAAGCCGCGACGGGCGGGUUCAUGAAGCACCAGAAUGAGGUCGGCGUGGGCAUGACGGAUUACGGCCUUGACAGGGGCGUUUCUGGGCCCUGAGUGAGUUGGGUGGAACCUUGUUGGCGUCUGUGCUGCAGUAGGCGUCUCACCUGUGGUGUAAUAUUAUGGUCGAAAUGUAUGUGAGUGAAGUUCCGUUCUUUCUCUACGGUCGGUGCGAAUGGUAUACCAGAACUGUGCUCUGGAAUGUGCUAGUCAGUGAUGAUGUUGUAUGGUUCGUGAUUUUAUAUCUGUGAAAAAAUGUGGAAGCAUUA